UGCAUGCCCAAUACUCACUUUGCUUUCUCUCUUCCACUCUCUCUCUCUCUUCUACUGAGCACAGGGAAAAAGAAACAGCAAGGGGCAAAGGAGAAAAAUAUGCUUGCAGAAGAGAAGUCCCAAAAGUACCCGACAAUGCCAGAGGUUCUGGACGAGCUCAGGCAAAUGGCUGACAUUGGCUUCCCUGUUUUAGCAAUGGGAUUAGUGAGUUACCUCAAAAACAUGAUCUCUGUCAUUUGCAUGGGUAGGCUUGGUACUCUUCAUCUCGCUGCUGGUUCUUUAGCCAUAGGCUUCACAAAUAUCACUGGCUAUUCAGUUCUCUCUGGCCUCGCAAUGGGAAUGGAGCCACUCUGCAGCCAAGCCUUUGGCUCUCACAAUUCCUCCAUUGCAUUUCUCACUUUACAAAGAACGGUUCUUAUUUUGCUUUUUGCUUCUUUUCCCAUUGGGAUUCUUUGGCUCAAUUUGGAGCCUCUCAUGUUGGUUCUUCACCAGAACCCAGAAAUCACUAGAAUUGCUGCUGUUUAUUGCCGUUUUGCAGUCCCUGACUUGGUGUUGAACAGCCUCCUUCACCCUUUGCGUAUUUACCUACGAAACCAAGGCACCACGUGGCUUGUCAUGUGGUGCAAUUUGUUGGCUAUUCUCCUACAUGUUCCCAUCGCCAUUUUCUUGACUUUCCCUCUUGAUCUUGGAAUCCGUGGGAUUGCUAUCUCUAACUUUAUAGCUAACUUCAAUACACUUUUCUUCCUUUUACUCUAUUUGAUAUUCUGCACUCGCAGAACCUUUUCCUCUUCCUCUUCCUCUUCCUCUUCCAAGGAGGCUAACCUGUUUGUGCCACUGAAAGGCACCGUCGCCGCUGGAACCGACGUCAGCGCUGCUGCCACAACUGGGGAGGAAUGGGGAAUGCUGAUCAAAUUGGCAAUUCCUAGCUGCCUUGGAGUUUGCUUGGAAUGGUGGUGGUAUGAGUUUAUGACCAUUCUUACUGGCUACCUCUACAACCCGCGGAUUGCACUCGCAACUUCAGGCAUUGUAAUUCAAACAACUUCACUAAUGUACACAUUACCAAUGUCUCUCAGUGCGGCCGUCUCCACCAGAGUCGGCCACGAGCUCGGCGCCGGCCGGCCCAAGAAGGCACGACUGGCGGCGGUGGUGGCGAUAGGAUUGGCGUUGGUGGGCUCAUUGAUGGGGCUCGCAUUGACCACCAUAGGCAGAAGGACAUGGGGAAGAGUUUUCACAAAAGAUGAGGGAAUUCUAGAGCUGACAAUGGCGGUUCUGCCCAUAAUCGGACUGUGCGAGCUAGCAAAUUGCCCACAAACAACAAGCUGCGGGAUUCUGAGGGGAAGUGCAAGGCCAGGGGUCGGAGCAGGAAUAAACUUCUAUUCAUUUUACAUGGUGGGGGCGCCGGUGGCGGUGUUGUCGGCGUUUGUUUGGAAGUUUGGGUUUGUGGGUCUUUGCUAUGGGCUUUUGGCAGCUCAGAUGGCAUGUGUGGUCUCAAUCUUAAUGGUUGUGUUCAAUACAGAUUGGGAAAUGGAGUCGAUCAAAGCCAAAGACUUGGUAGGCAAAAGCACCGAUAAUGUCUUCGCACAUGCGAUCCACACAGCCAUACGCGAGGAAGGUCCUGAAUUUCUCAAAGAAUCGCCUGUUCAAAAACAAGACACACAGAGUUAGAUUUAAUUUUUCAAAAGUAAGCAUGAUAUAUAAGCAUAAUUUAGGAUAUAAUAGGAAGGUAUACUAUAUAUUACAAUUAAUUAUCUCCAUUUUUCUUUAAAGCCUAUUAUUUUGUUUGAUUUCGGGUAAAUUGGGGUUAAUUGGAAUUGGGAUAUGUUUGUAAUAUAUUUAGAUAGUGAAAUAUUUUUGUUUAGUUUUGUGUUUUUGGGUGGGGGGAAUUUGGUGUCAUAUCAAUGGAUGAAAUUUCCCUUU